AUCAACACUUAAACACCAACUCAACUGAUGAAUAGAAAUGAUGUUUGCCCCCAUUUCAGAAGAUUACCAUGAAUCAACAGCCAAGAGGAAACCUCGACUGCUUUCGUCUCAGGAGGUUAUAUUAAACUCAAUCCCCAGAUCAUUGCCCCAGUCCCCCAUUCUAUCUCUCACCCCUACUUCUUCCAUUGCUUCCUCCUUACGACUGAGUUUAACCGUCAAUGUUAAUGCAAUCCCUGCGUCUAACAAUGGGUCCAUGUUUUCUUCCCUUGAAGAAGACAGUUCAUUGUUAGAUUCAGGUGGUUAUAUUGGCAUUGAUCAUGACCUUCUGAGACUGCCCGUCCCUGUUUCCCCUGGUAAUGGUCAAUCUGAUACAAAUAAAUUUACAACAACAGUUACUACAACUACAACUACAAGCAAACCCGCACCACCAAGAGCUGGCUCGAUUAGCUCAUCAUUAUCUAUUCCAAAUGAAUUAAACAUCACUAUUGAAAAGGCAACCCUUAAGGAUUACCAUCGAGUAGCCAAGACACUCAUGUUUGGGUUCGAAGACGAUCCAUUCAUGAACUAUAUUCUUAAUACUGACAAGUAUAAUAAACAUACCACUCCAGCUACUGUCUACAAACGGAAAAAGUUGGAUUUGUUUUUGUCUUAUUUUGAGUAUGAAACUUAUGAAGUGUUAAACACCAACGGUACUAUCUUUGUCAUCAAGGAUAAACAAUUAGAACAGACACUUGCCGAAUUGGAUGUAAACACUGAUAAGUUUCCUUACCUUGCUGUUGCUUUAUGGAACCCCUUGAACUUGUACGAAAGUGAUGAAAGUGGUGAUAGUGAUGAAGAUGAAACGUUCUCCGCUGCUGAUCUCAAAUUUAAAGAUAAGAUCCAUAAAUCAUCAUUGAAGUUCAAUUACAGGGCCAUAUUAAGUAAAUGUCGUUCUAAAGUGUUUAAAGAUAAACUUCCUUAUUUAAUCAAGGUUCGUAAUGAAAUUCUUAAUGCUAAUUUGGACGAUUUGGAUUCCCAAAUCUGGUAUUUGGAUGAUAUUGCUACAUUGCCUAGUAUGAGAGGUAAAGGUCUUGCCAAGCUUCUCUACAACUAUUCUUUGGACAAGUUCAUUUCUGAAAAUCCAAAUAGUGUGAUGUAUUUAGAAAGUUCUAAUCCUGUCAACAGAAACUUUUAUUUGAAAUUAGGAUUCCGUUUAUGCAGAAGUUAUUCUGUCAAGUAUAAUCGCUAUGUUGAUUCUGACAAAGUUGUCAAGGAUAUAAAGAACGAAGGUGUUAACAUGGAUGCUAUGAUAUACUGUCCAUCAACUGGUUAGCUGGUAGUUUGUAAAUGAGCUGUUUUUCUUUGGGGAUAUAUACUAUUGUUGUUUUCUUUUAGUUCGUUGUAUAUCCUGCUCUAGUUUUUAGUUUAUUAAACAUAUGUUUAAGUUUUAAGCAGAGAUC